CAUUUUAAAGAUAUCGGUAAAGAUUCCCAAUGUUCAAAUGUCAAUAUUAAUCCUCAAUUAUUACAAGAAUUAACAUCCAAUUUAAUUGAUCUACUUGGUCCAAUUUAUACAGAACAUUGUAUUAUAUUAAAUAAUUUUGAAAAUCGUCUAUCCAAUUGGUCAUCACAACAAAAUGAUCACAGUAAAGAAUCCAAUGGUUUAGAUGCAUUGACUAUGAAUUCUCAAUUAACAAAUUCGUCAAUGGAAUAUCGUAUCGGGGAUUUAUUUGUUGCAAGUUUACAUAUUUUACCGGUAGGUUUGUUGGUUUGUUUAUUUGCACUUUUUAAUAUUGAUAACUGA